UCCUCCUGUCCUGUGCUGGAGGGACUGGGAUAGCAAGGAGCAGCCAGCAGGUUGGGAGCUCCUGAGGACCCCCCAGCCCCCGCCAUGCACCUGUACAAAGCAGCCUGUGCGGAGGUGCCGGCCCCCAAGCCCAGCCUGCAGAAGGCCAGUGAAGCUCUGCUGAAGGGCAGGAAGCUGAGUUCUGUCCCCAGAACCCUUCCUCCAGCCCCGGGCUGGCCCAGGAGGCUCAGCCCCAGCACUGAGCUCAAGCACCUGGAGCAGUUCCUGCACCUGCAUGGGCUGUGGCUGCAGGAGAGCAUCCCAGCCCGCAGCGGGAUGCAGUACAGAAACCUUGGGAAAUCUGGGCUGAGAGUCUCCUGCCUGGGUCUGGGGACUUGGGUGACUUUUGGAGGCCAGAUCUCUGACGAGGUGGCUGAGCAGCUGAUGACCAUUGCCUAUGAGAGUGGGGUCAACCUCUUCGACACGGCCGAGGUGUACGCAGCUGGGAAGGCUGAGGUGAUCCUGGGGAACAUCCUGAAGAAGAAGGGCUGGAGGAGGUCCAGUCUGGUCAUAACAACCAAACUGUACUGGGGUGGAAAGGCUGAAACAGAAAGAGGGCUCUCGAGGAAGCACAUCAUAGAAGGGCUGAAGGCUUCCCUGCAGAGGCUGCAGCUGGAGUACGUGGACGUGGUCUUUGCCAACCGCCCGGACAACAACACCCCCAUGGAAGAGAUUGUCAGGGCCAUGACCCAUGUGAUAAACCAAGGCAUGGCGAUGUACUGGGGGACAUCCCGCUGGAGUGCCAUGGAGAUCAUGGAGGCCUACUCUGUAGCCAGGCAGUUCAACAUGAUCCCCCCCGUGUGUGAGCAGGCUGAGUACCACCUUUUCCAGAGGGAGAAAGUGGAGGUUCAGCUCCCAGAACUCUAUCACAAAAUUGGGGUUGGAGCAAUGACGUGGUCCCCGCUGGCCUGUGGGAUCAUCUCAGGGAAAUAUGGCAACGGGGUCCCUGAGAGCUCCAGGGCUGCUCUAAAGUGCUACCAGUGGCUGAAAGAGAAGAUCAUAAGUGAGGAGGGCAGAAAGCAACAGGUGAAGCUGAAGGACCUGUCGCCCAUCGCUGAGCGCCUGGGGUGCACGCUGCCACAGCUGGCUGUUGCCUGGUGCCUGAGAAACGAGGGGGUGAGCUCUGUUCUCCUAGGAUCUUCCAACCCUGAGCAGCUGAUAGAGAACCUUGGAGCCAUCCAGGUCCUUCCAAAGAUGACAUCCCACAUCGUAAAUGAAAUAGAUAAUAUUCUGGGAAACAAGCCCUACAGCAAGAAGGACUACAGAUCAUAAUGCAAUGCAUGAAUUCCCUGGACUGCAUGGUUUAAAAGUGCUCUGUGCAGAGGUCCAGCCCCGAGUUCCUCUCCAGCCUUGAGAGUCAUUCAGCAGCUUGCUGCUCGGUGUCUGCUGUCACUGGGUCCUUGGAGAUGUCUGCUGUUGCUACUAAUUGCAGUGAAAUUUCAAAGCACAGUUUGAUCUCUCUCUUCUAACUGAGAAUAAUCUCCUAUUUUCUUACCUUCGACUGAGUCCAUUACUGUUUACUUUUCCUCUUAGCACCUCAUGCUUUGUGCUGUGAAAAACACUGGUGAAGCAAAAAAUUAUUUCUAACCUUCAGGUACUUGGUAAUUACAGAAGGAUGGACAGAUCUAUUUUAUUGUUUUUUUCAACGAAGAAAAGCCAGAUACAACUUAAGGUCUUAAUCAAACCACAGAUGGGAAAUCUCAACUACGAAGCUUCUUCAGGUUAACGGAUAGAAGGGGCAAGCCCAAUUUCAGUUUUCUUUUUUAAGCUGAAUGUGUGGUCUAGAAUUCAUUUGUAGUUGAGCAAAGGAUGCAAGACAGAGAAUUAGUUAGAAAUUAGAUAGCUCAGCUCCUAACCAUAGAGCUACUGCAGCCAUGGAGUGCUCCUGGGAAGCAUUUGAGCCCAAGCCAGCAGAGCACCCUUAGGGAAACCAAACCACAUCAGGUUAAGGAAAACAAUGCAAAACCCUAACUCUGCAGAAACCUUAAACCAAGAAAGCCAUGAGAACAAUACUGAGGUUUGCACCUAGAGCAACCUGCCUCUACUUCUGCCUGCCUGUAGACAUAGCUACUGCAAAUUUCAAUAUUCCUGAGCUUUUAAGGAUAUAGAUACUUAUAUGUAAUGUAUAGCUGCUGAAAAAUACCAGAAAAAUUCAGGUAUGUACUUUGGGGGAAGGUCAUAUUUGCUUUAACUUGUUCUGGAACCAGGUAUAAGUAAAUGCAUGGGAUUUUUGAGUCACAUUGUAAACAGGUAAGGGUUGGUUUUUUGUUGUUGUUUUGGUGAGCAUUUCAUCCCUCCAGAGGAGGUGAGAGCAAGCACUUCUAUCAUUUGCCCAUCCUGAGAACCAGACUGUACUUUCCCAUCAGCUGCUUUGUGAAACACCCCGAUGAUUUCCCUGUUUCUCAUUCGUGUGGAAUUGUGUCCUGGGGGCACCCCCUUCCCAGGGGUGCAGCUAUGGACAGUGUUGGUGGAACCCUGACAUCUGGUCCCCCCCAGGGUGUCUGCUGAGCGUGCCUGAGUUGUCUCCCCCUGCAUUGAACCCCCCAGGCUGUGGUAUGUGUCAGUGAACUUAGCUGCUCUGUGUCCAGCCAUGCAGUCUGACUUCUGCUUGGACUCAAUAAAAGCAUUUUCUGCAUCUGA